AUGGAACCCAAUGACAACCAGCUCAGCUCCUACUUCCACCACCAUCAACACCACCAUCAAAGUCCCACCACAUCGCCGACCAAUGGCCUUCUACCCUCCACCCACCACCUCUCCUCCGCCGACGCCACCACCCAUGUCCUUUACCCUCACUCGGUUCCCUCCGCCGCUAUUUCCUCCUCUCCUCUCGAGCCCGGUCGCCGGAAGAGAGGUCGCCCGCGGAAGUACGGCACGCCGGAGGAGGCUUUAGCGGCUAAGAAAGCUGCUACGGCGUCGUCUCACUCUUCCUCCAAGGCCAAGAAGGACCUCGUUUCUUCCUCUUCUCUUAAUGCCGUUUCCGCUUCUUCGAAGAAAUCUCAGUUGGCUGCUCUUG